GCUCGAUCAUUCCAUCCAUUUAAUCCUUUUCUGCUUAGUGUAUUAGCCUUCAGCCCAUUUAUUAAGUGUUUAUUCUCUCCCUUCCAUUUCUCGUCUGUCACGUACCGCGUCUGUCGUAUUUUUCUCUUUUUUUUUUUUUCCCUUCUUUUCUUUCCUCCUGUCUCCUGUAUCUUCUGUGUUUAUUCAGCCUUGAUUUCUUAGACAUUGUCUUAAAGGGUCUCUUGCAAGCAUUGCGGCUCCCGUCUGGUCACCAUGGAGUCUUCACCUCCUCGACCAAGUGCCGAGCUCCUGUCCGUGGCCGGCGUGAAGCGGUCCGCGUCUCUCCUACCCCCCUUCGAGCCUUCUUCCUCUCCUCCCCUUCCUCGCCCAUUGAAACGCCUCGCACGCGAUGACGAUAACGGUAUCUCGACGUAUCCAACCCCCAUGCCGACCUCUUCGACCGCCAUAAUGACUUCUUCUCCCCCACGUGCCCGACGCGGUCUGAAGCGUACCCACUCAAUGGCGUCUGAAAGGGCACCCUUGUCGACAGUUCCGUGCAUAAUGCUGAGUGAAAAUGGAGAGGCUGUCACGAUGGGGCGAUCCAGCCUCUCUUGCAACUACCAGCUCUCUGCCAACCGCCUAGUGUCAAGAGUGCAUGUGAAAGCUACGUACAAGGCUGCCACACAUCCACUUGAUCGAGAUAGGAUAGAGAUUCUUUGCACAGGAUGGAACGGCAUUAAACUGCAUUGUCAAGGGAAAACAUACGAAUUGACCAAGGGCAAGACAUUUACUUCUGAUAUUAGAGAUGCAGAUGUCAUGAUUGAUGUGCAAGAUUCACGCGUACUGCUCCAAUGGCCACGUCAGUCAAGAAAGGACUCGACUUCCAUGCAUUCAGAUCAAACAUGGGAAGAGGGCUCUCCUUCAAAGACCCUCCAACCUCGUUCACCCCGUUCUACAACGUCGAGCCCCCUCAAAGGUAGACAACGGCUAGCUUCUCCCAUUUCUCCAUCGCCUGCUAUUCAAGCGUUAGGGGCUUCGAUGGCUCCAUCGACCCCCUCCCGCUCCUUGCCAAGCAAAGUCAUUGUUUACGAGGAUGAGCCAUCACCGUUGGGUCGAAGCAAAUCAACAGAAGAUUCCAUGUCUCAGAAAACACAAGUUGCCUCCCAGCCACAUGGUCAUAGCCAACAAGACUCCCUUAGUAGCUCUUUGAGCAAAUCCGAAGACCUAUCCGAACACGAUGAAGAGAACGAUCCUAUUGUAUUUUCUUUCGGUCCCUUUGGUGCAAAUAUUCUCCCGAGAAUGGCUUCCUUCCGUGCUGGCGAAUCUCCAGUGCGCUCUACUCUCGAGAGACCUAACACUCCAUCCCAGCCGUAUGCACAACUACCUCCAAAAACGAACGCUCUGCCCGAAUCAGACAAGGAGGCGAUUCAAAAUCAUAUCAUCAACCAGCUGGCAUUUUCGCGUCUGUCUUCAACUCCAUUCUCGACCAUUGUCAAGAACCUCCCGUCAGAUCUCAUCGGCAAACUCUCAUCAGAACGAGCCCUUGUACCAACAAUCGCAGUUAUUUCUAUUAUUGAAAGUACUCGCUGUAUCGGAAAAGUGAGACGGGAAGGAAAGGAUGCAGCUGGCAAACCAUUGGAGAGCGAGUAUUACUAUAUUCCUGAUAUGGAUCAGGACGAAAAUAGAAAGGAAGCAGUUGUGAAUGGCCUUCGCAAGCCUGGUCUGAGGAACUGUCGGAAGCAGCACAAGCAAUAUUACUGGAGAAAACCGAAGACCCCGUAACGCUUCGUCUUUCUGUCUAUGACGCAAAAGUACCAAUCUGGUGACUUUCUUUCGGCCCUCAAAGCACCGGCAUAGCCUUUAUAUGACACCGACCCCUGGUGUUUUUACCCCUUUAACAUACCACUCUUCCUUUUCUGCCCUAGCCCAAUAUUUGUUUGAUAACACUUUUAAAAGUUUUAAAAGUAUCUGUAGGUCAGCUACAGUUAUUAUUGUACCCCUAUUGUCUGAGAGUGCCCUAUUAAUUCAACCUUCCCAGAUUACCCGUUUGUCUUGAAGCCCCUUGUUACAUUUUCAUGUAUUCCCCAACCCCACAUGCCACCUUUUACGAUGAAAUCCCCUCACGUACACCCCGUUUACUGUUUUAUGAGUAAAAGACGCAAGAAUUACCAAUUUCAUGUACAUAUUUCCCCCCGGCCCCCUUUUCCCCCACGCUCAGAUACCCCAUAAAUCCGGAGUACCAUCAGGCAAAUUUUUGACAGCAGCUUCCGGAGGGUUACUUAGUCUUGAAAGUGGUCAGACGAGGGAAUGACUAUCUAGGACACUGGAUGUUCCUACGAGGUGUUUCUCUCCAAGCUGUAAAUGAGCU